UCUGUUAGCGCCUCAGGACGGGAGCUUCCUCGCUGCUAUGGGGUGGUGAUCUUGGCGAACCGGUACCGGCUUCCCCUGGCCCUACACCCGCCUCUUACGCCCCUCCCCGGGCCUGUUUCCGCCGCCGUGGGGCAGGUGAAACGCGCGGCCGGUGUCGGGCCUGGCCGGUUGUGUCCCGGCCGCAGGCUACGCUGCAAGAAUGAUCAUCCCAGUCAGAUGUUUCACAUGUGGAAAAAUAGUUGGAAACAAGUGGGAAGCCUAUCUUGGCCUUCUGCAAGCAGAAUAUACAGAAGGAGAUGCCCUGGAUGCCCUUGGUUUGAAGAGAUACUGUUGCCGCAGAAUGCUCCUGGCCCAUGUGGAUCUGAUUGAGAAGCUUUUGAAUUAUGCACCCCUGGAGAAAUGAGAGAGAUGAACAAAGUACCACACUGCAAACUACAUGGAAUGGAUCUCUAAUGUUAAACUUGAAAAUGGACUUCAGGUAGUAAAAGAUGAAAGCCACCUGUCAUGUAGCCACUGAGAGAUGUUUACCUUCUGGAGAAAAUACUGCCCCGACACAUUAACCUCUUUCAAGGAAACAAAGGAAAGAUGAAGUCCAUUUAACCAAGAUUUUGGAGAUGAAGUUAAACGUUUGGAUGCUUCUUUUUUCAAAUCUGUGUUUGGAGUUGUUUUGUGAACUUUCAGAUUCAGCUGCCAGCAAAAAUAAGUGUUUGUUCAUACAGAGAAAUUACUAUAUUUCAUUAAAAUGUUCAAAUAAAGGAGGUCUUCCCCUGUAGACUUCCUACA